UUCUCAAUUACCACCACCCACUGCUUUUAUGGAACCCACUGGAACUAUUGUCUUCACCUCCGUCGGCAGACCCUAUUACGGAUUCGAUCUUUUCUCCCUCCAGCUCCCUUCCAAUUUGGAUGCCUCCUUGCUUGAUUUCAGCUCCGAGCACCCCCUCACCGACGGUAUAUCCAUCAAUUUUAACGGCCAGUUUGUUGAUGAGGGCAAGACUCUUGUUUAUAUCUCCGAGAGAACGGGGUCCGCCAGGAUUUUCUUGAAUUCACCUGGAAACGCGAAUCCCCAACUACUCCAUUCUCCACCCGAAAGCCUCUUCCAUGAUCGUCCUCUUAUCAAGAACCACCGCCUCUACUUCAUUUCGGCUCAUGAACCGCCGGAGAAGCCCUUAAGGAGCUGGUCCGCUCUUUACUCCACCCGCCUCCAUGAGAAGACAGCUGUUCGGCUAACACCUUACGGUUCUGUUGAUUACAGCCCAGCCAUCUCACACUCUGGGAACCUUAUUGCCGUGGCUUCGUAUGGCCCUCGAUCUUGGAGCGGUGAAUUCCAUGAUCUCCAAACGGAUAUUGUCGUUUUUCAGGAAUCCGACCCGACCACGCGUGUUGUAGUGUGCCAGCACGGCGGCUGGCCUACGUGGUCCGGGGACUCUACCCUGUAUUUCCAUCGCCAAUCCGAUGAUGGAUGGUGGUGCAUCUUCAGAGCUGAAUUACCGGACAAUAUUUUCGCAUCCCCUGGCGGAUUACUUGCACCCAUUCGUGUCACUCCGCCCGGUGUUCACUGCUUCACGCCUGCAGCUAUGCACAACAGCAAAAGAAUCGUCGUAGCUACUAGACGAAAGGGCAAGAAUUAUCGCCACAUUGAGAUUUUCGAUGUUGAGUCUCACAAGUUCUAUCCGGUGACAGAGCUGCUCAACCCCAAUUUCCACCAUUACAAUCCGUUUGUUUCUCCAGAAUCUACUUUUCUUGGUUAUCAUCGAUUCAGAGGGGAGGGAGCCCCUGGCGAAUCCACGAUUCCACACCUUGACCCGGUGACUAGUCCAGUUCAAGGGCUUCGCAUGCUCAGGCUCAAUGGUUCUUUCCCUGCCUUUUCACCCUCGGGUGAUCUUAUAGUAUUCAAUCGUGAUUUUGAUCUGAAUCCGGGCCUCAGAAUUGUCAGAGCUGAUGGUUCGAAUCGCUGGACAUUGUUUGAGGAUCGCACAGCCUUUUAUAAUGCGUGGAGCCCGGCUGAUGAAAAUGUCAUCUUCACGUCUAUCGGGCCUAUCUUUCAGUCGCCGAGAGCAAGUGUACAGAUUGCUCGAGUCACGUUUGAUCCGGAGCAUCUAUCAAAUGAUCGUGAUAAGAUCCCUGUGGAUAUCAAAAUUCUGACAAAAGAAGAGACGGGUAACAAUGGCUUUCCUUCUUGCUCGCCCGAUGGGAAAUCUGUUGUAUUCCGGUCAGGACGUUCGGGGCACAAAAAUCUGUACAUAGUUGAUGCAAUUAAGGGGGAGGUUGAGGGUGGAAUCCGUCAACUUACGGAAGGGCCAUGGAUUGAUACAAUGCCGAGCUGGUCACCCAAUGGGGAACUGAUUGCAUUCUCUUCAAAUCGACACAACCCGGAUAAUGUGGAUGCAUUUGGAAUAUACUUGAUCAAACCAGACGGCACAGGUCUUAGGAGAGUUAAAGUGGCCGAAUUUGAAGAAGAGCGGGAGAGGCUAAACCAUGUGUGCUUCAGUGGAGAUGGAGAGUGGCUGCUAUUUGCGGCAAAUUUGGGUGGAGUGACGGUGGAGCCAGUGGCGCUUCCGAACCAUUUCCAGCCAUACGGGGACUUGUACUUAGUGAGGUUGGAUGGGAGUGGUUUGCGGAGACUGACAUGGAAUGGAUACGAGAAUGGGACGCCGGCAUGGCACCCAAACAGAGUGUUGGGAGGAGCUGAGGAGCUAAAAUUGUGUGGAUUGUCUUUGGGAGGAGGGAAGAAGGGGGAGGAGGAAUUGAAGGGGCAAUUUGAUGAACCCUUGUGGAUCAAAUGUGAUUUCUGAACUUAGCAUGCCAGUGUUAGUGCCAUUAUUAUGUUGUAUUAAGUGGUAGAAGUAGUAAUGAUAACAAUAAAAUGGGGAAUGCUGGAAGCAUAUUCUGCUAUACAAGGAAAAAGUGCUUGUUGAUGUCCGGUGUGGUUGUUGAAGUUGUCUGUAAUUUGCAUGUUUUCAAUUUCCUCAUAAUAAUUAGCGUGUUGAAGGCAAUAUUCUCAACACAUCAUCGUCUUAUA